UCUCUCUCUCUAUCUCUCGCUCUCUCGCCCCCCUCUCUCUUUUUCCUUUGUCCUGGGCAAGAGGCGAACAAAGAGACACACGUACGUGCGCCCAUUGAGCGGCGCGCGCCGUAGUACUCUAGUAGUAGUAAAUGUAGUAAAAGCUUUUCCUGCCCCGCGCAACGCAGAGCCCGAUCUCUCUCUCUCCUCUCUCUCUCUCGCUCUCUCUCUCUCUCUCUCUCUCUCUCUCUCUCCCUCUCUCAACAAGGCGCCCGGGUUUCGUGUUAUAUGUCGACGAAAUCAAUGGAGGGAUACCUCGCGAGUUUCCCUUUAUUUUCUGUCGAUAUGCUCUUUAUGACCCCCCGGGCAACGGAGACCUUGACGAAAAAGACGAGUGCAAUUUUUUUUUUUGAAGGGGGUUCAUUGUUAUUUAUGGGAGUUGAGUGAGAUUGUGCUCCAAAUUUUUUUUUUUUAAAGAAUAAAGAUCAUUUGUAGGUUAUAUCGUGAAAAGCUUUUGACAAGGUAAUUCGCCGUUGUUAGGAUUAUGUACUUCGGAUGCUGUAAGAUAUAGACAUAUUAAAUGUUCAAAGUAAUACAGAAAUAAGCUGGUUUGAGCAAGUUUCAGAAACUUUGUAAAGCAUUUUGAAAAUCAAUCGGUACAUGUUUCAGCAUUAGAAAAUAAUGUUCGUAUUCGUUGGCAUUAAAACGCAAUUGGAAAAAAUUUCAAUCGAUACCUCGCGUAAAUCAUUGAUGUUUUUGCUUGAGACACCUUUGAGCUGUCACUUUACACUUCUAAGAACGUAAAAACGGACUACGGUUUCAUCAAGCUAAAUAUCUUUCCACGUAUUUAUAGGUUUUCAACUGGGAAGCUAAAUAAGCGUGAAAACUAACUCGGAAUCCCAAUUUCCGCGUCCCUCGCGCGUAGCUCGCUCUUUCUCCCUCUUGAACGGUUAAAUUCCCACAGCCUGCAGGGAGAGAGAAAGAAAGCUUCGAGUCUCUCGUAAAUCCUCCGGGGGAAAAAAGAGGAGGAACUGCACAACGCUUGCACGAAGGGAGAGAGAACGAGCAGGCAAGAAAGAAAAGAAGCACAUCAUGGGCUAACAGUGCGCUAUUCAAUACCUUAAUACUCGGAGUCUGUGAAGGGGGAAAUUCUGAAAAUCCGACGGAAAAAUAGUAAACAGACAGAAAGACGAGGAGGAGAGGGAGGCAUCGGCGCAGCACAUCGGUGGCUAUCGCCAAUGUGUACACGCUCUCUUAUCUGCUGGAUGUUAUGGUGGGGGUAAUGCGCACGCGAGAGUGUGAGAGAGUAUUCGCGAAAUAAGGUGGUGGAGGCAUCGUUCGCUCCUGUGCGUAUACGUUUGUUGUACUCACGGCUGGUGGAACCAUUCAACGUUAAGUCGCGCGCCAAGCUAUGUACCAUUAUGCGAACACGAACGAUUAAAUUCUGACUCCGUUCUACGGCUGAUUUGCGCAACUUCUGUUUCGCGAGCGGUUGGGGGCGCGCAAAACACAGAUUGUCGACGAUGAUAAUGGAAAGCCAAGUAUAUGAUUACACUUACUGUGCGUGAUCAGGUAUCAUACAGGAAUUAUUCACGUUUAUAUAUAUCGCAAGUUUCUUUUUCACCGCAGUCACGUAUGAGAUUCUAUCAAGAUUUUUCGCAACACAACGCGCCCACAUGUGAGACAAAUGUUUAUCCUGCGAGGUUUAACGUUUCACAGGAUGGAAAUCGUACAAAGACGCGUGCCGGUGUAAAUUGCAGCCUUCAGACAGUGCUUGAAUGACAAACAAAUUUGGCGAAAUCGAAGAGUUCAACAACCAUUCAUCAAUGUCUAGAUUUUCUGAUCAUUCUCUUUGCCACACUACAAUGACCUUUAUCAAUAAUCACAUUGUGUUAAUAACAUUAAUUUUCGAUUAAAAACAUUUAAAAAUUGUUCACGUUCAAAGCAACAGAUCGUCAGUGGUAGGGGGAUUAUCGACUCUGACUCUCUCUUCCUUAUUCUCACCGAAAAUCCUCCAUCGUCCUUUUUCCCCUCCAUAAAACACGAAAGCCGGUGGUGGUGACAACGCUAGAGUAGAGGAAUAGUCAGACGGGCAGGCGGUCAUACUUCGCGCGCAUAUACUUCGGUCGUUGCUCAUGAAAGAGUUUUACUGGGAGUAGAGCGGAUAGCACGUUGAAUGAGAAGGGGAGAGAGAGAGAGGGCCGUGCAAUUGGAGCUGUCUCUGUCUCACUUCAUUCUGUUGCGUAUACAUAGCACUCGCCUAUAUAAAGCGUGUGUAUGUAUAUGUACGUCCGUGUUUUGAGCCACCGCGCCGUCGAAAAUCUUUCGCGCAGGACACGACUGCGACGACAAGGAGAGCAUACAUAACCUCUCUGUCGGUUCGGUUCAGUGAAAGUGCAUCUACCGUUUCAGUAGCAGCAACAGCGGUGCUAGAAGCGUCGUUGCUGGCGGUGGUGGCGAGGAUGGCGAUGGUGACGACGCUAACGAGGAGAAUGAUGGCGUAGUAGAGAUGAUUCGAGGAUGUGAAUGGACGCGAGAGGAAGGAGAUAGGUAGAGAGAGGAGAAGGCGGCAGAUAUGGACGAGCAGGAUGCAGCGGCGGCGUCCACCUCGUCUUCAUCCGGAUCAUCGUCACGUAUUCUUAAAUUCCUCACGCACAAACUCAGGACUCAUUCGCUCAACGAGGAACUCCAUCCAGACAAGGCGGAUGAUGAUCACGACUCUGGCACCGAGUCGGACGAUGAAUUCCAAAAUGGAGGUGACGUCGCUGAUGAGCUUUCUACCGCAAUGGACAGUCUGGAAGAGGGCCGAGCUGCUCGCGACAGCGCAGUACCAUUGGACGCAGACCUAGGCGCGUCGCCACCCUCGACAACAGCCACGCCGUUCGGCUUCAACAGCAGCAGCGGCUGCAGCAGCACCGAGACACCGCCGAUCGAGCCAGCGCCGUCUUACGACUUCCUGCUGAGGCUCGAGCACAGCGGCGAUCAGCACAGCUCCGAGGAGGAGCUGGAGGUGAUCAACGGGCCGAAGGACGACGAGGCCGUGGCGACGGUCACGCCGCUGCCGGUGAGGCCGAGCGCCGUGCCCGAGAAGAGGAAGUGGUCGGAGGCCAACAGCGGAAGCAGCAGCUGCACCCAAGUCAGGCAGCGCGACGACGACGGAGAAGCAAGCGGGACCACCGCCUAUUCGGCGCCGGCUAGUAGGACCGGCAGGGAAGCUUCUGGAUCCAGCGACGAAGAGAUACAGGGCCUCUGCUACAGUCGCAGCGGAAGCGCGAUAUCGCAGCCGGUGCAGUUCCGCAGCUCGCCGCCGCAGGACGCCUACCGGCCGGUGCGCUCGCUGUCGCCGCCGCCCAAGCUGUUCCACGCGUCGGCGGCCUUCUCCUCCUCGCCGCCGUGUAUCGUCCCGAGCAGCAGCAGUGCCAGCGAGCACCUGCACCACCUGCACAGGCCGGCCUACCACCACAGACCGCGCUCGCGGCCGAGGCCUCACUCGCACUACGAGCAUUCGCAUCAUCCGCAUCCGCAUCGUGCGCACAUUGCGCAGGACCUCGCCGACGUCGACGUUGUCAGCGCCUGCAGUCCGAGGAAGCGCCACCGACCACCUAGGCCCUGCCUCGACUUCGAGAAAAUGCAGCAGUUGAAAACACAAGCAGUGACGGCGUGGAGGCACACAAGUGAGCACGGCAACGAGCUGUCGGUGUUCUGUUGGUGAGAAUGAUGAGCCGUGGAUCAAGAGCGUGAAGAUCCACGGUGAGAGGCAUCCAGCAAAUGCGACAACAAACUCCGAAUCAAACGCGACGUUCGUUCAUUAUCACCAGUCUCAUUAAUCGUCAUCUCGUUCGUUCGUUCAUUCAUUCGCGCGUCGAUAAACCGUCGACUCGGACACAGAGACUUAGAGCAGGAGAGAGCUUUUAGGAGAGUUGGCCUCGAGAAUUGCUGAUGCUGAAAAAAAAGAAAGAUUGAUGAGCUUUUCCUCCGCGCGUGCACUGAUAGUGAAAUUUUGUUGGGGAUUAUGUUAUUAUCAUACAUUUAUGUCUUCGUUAUUGCCAAACAAUGAAUUUUUUCCAUUUAGUGUAUAAUUUUAACAAACUAAUAGGUAUUUUAGACAAUCAAAGUUCAUUUUUUAAUUUGUCUAAAUUUUGAUAGCGCUGUUCACUGCUCCUGUCUUUCAAUUACAAUCAAUCUAAUCUUAUACUGAAACAUAAAUUGGAAUCUCUUUCGAAUGAAUCAAAUUAGCAUAAAACUGUUAAGUAAUGGACUCGCUUUUAAAUCAUAUAACACGUUUGCUGUCAAUGCACGUUUGAGCGGCUAUUCAGAGUCAAUGAUGCAGACAAUUAUUGCAAAAUACGAAAAGAUCACUAUAGGAAAAGACGUACACCUUCAAUAAGGUAGCCAUGUGAUAAGGUCUUGUACCUUGUUUUAUCCUUCAUUUUAGGAACUAUUUUGGGAAUAAAGAGGUAUACUUUAUCUUUUAAGAAAAAUAAUCUCUUAUCAUGAAUGAAUUCAUUUAUUGACGGAAUCACAAAGUGCACAACUUUCGGCUACUAUUGUAAAAUAAGACGAAAUAAAGAAAAAAAUUACAUAUAAUCAUGUAUAAUUUUGGAAAUAAUACGCGACUAUGUAUAUUACAAGCAGAUUGUCUCGAGGCAAUGACUGACCUCUUGAUUAUAUUUAGGAACCUUUUUAGGUAUACAAAAAAAUGAAUAUAUUCUUCUAAAAAUUUCGCUGGUAUACGGUGGAAUAUUAAGAUACUUAAGUAAUUUUAAUUAGGAGAUUAUUUUUCUUGAUGUGGGCAAUUUAACAAGUUACAAAUGAAACUCUUUUUUCUUAAGUUAGCGCUAUUUCAUUCGAACUUGCCAAAUUCGUCUUACUUCAUAAUUACUUUGUAAUUAAGACGUCAUUAUGUAAUUAUAAAAAAAAUUAUAUUUCUUGUUUUAAAGAAUUUAAUACAUUUUUUGUCGAUUAUUGACCAUUGCAAAGUGAAGAUCUUGUAUUAUCUAUGAUACAAUGUAUAUUUACGUUAGAAGUAAAUGUUAUCGAAAGUAUUGAACUUAUUAUUUUGAUGAAAUUCAUCACAUAUAAACUAUAUAUUAUAUGAUAAAGAUAAGCAAAACGUACAAUAACGAAAGAAUUUAUUAUAAUUAUAUUGUUACAGCUCCAUAAUUCACUCAUUUAGAAUCACUAGUGAGUGAGAGCCUUUUGACGAAAUAACGAAACAUAACUGAAACAUGCACUAACUUUGACUCUCACGCGCUCAAAAACAUGAAAAAACAUUUACCUUAGCUGUAUUUUCAAAAACGGUGAUAGCAAUUCUGAGGCAAAUUCUUCGAGCUCUCAUUUAUUCAUUUGUAAUUUUUCUACAUAAAAUGCGGUCCAGAGGUGUGUGCGUGUGCGAUAAUCCCUAAUCGCUGAUAAGGGACAUUGUAUGUGGAAACGGGUGCAUAAAGAGGAAAAAAAGUAAACUGUAGCGCGGACAUAAGUCCGCCUGAACUUCGUUUUGCUCUAGAUUUAUCUCUCCGUGCUCCUUUCUUUUUUUUUUGUAUGAGUGCGAGUGUUGGACGAUUAGCAAUUUCGCGUAAAGAUGGCGAAUUUGAUGUUCCCAUUCUUGCUUUCGUCCGGGGCGAUCUGUGCAAGAAACUCAGUCGCUCAAUGAUGGAUUUGGAUGAAAAUGAGCAAUUUCUUGAAAAUUGUUUUUCUUAUUUUGAUCUCUUUUAAAACUAAAUGAGUGUCAUUUUUUGCACCCAGAAAAUAUUCUUAUUUUUAUUGUGAGGUAAUUUUUAUUCCGACGUGUGGAAAUUUUGAUUUGUUUUGGGAUUAUUGAAAAUUGUAUUAUUCUAAUUCAAUGUAUAGACUGAUAUUUUAUAAGAUAGUUUUCUGGGUGUAGUGAGUUUUAGUUAGGCAAAUUAUGGUUUACUGUUGCUUUCAUCAGUGUUUUAUUCGUAGUCCUUUUUUAUUAUCGAAAAGUAUUUAUUUUUUAAGAGAAAUACAAUUGUCAGCAGAACAAUUGUUAGCAUAAUUUUUAAGUACUUCAAAUAGCAUUUAGUAAGAUUUUUUUACAUAAAAAUAUUAUUUAUGUAUUUUUAUUAUUUGUAAAGAGUGAGAUUUUCAUCCUGAUUCAUUUAUUGGUUUUGACUGAGAUAUUUCGCAAUGAAACGUGUUCAAUGAGCGUCCUUAAAGAGGCGCUAAGUUUUUAACGAGGAAGUGCAAUAGGAGAGAUCUACAUUCAAUAAGGUUUUGACUAAAAAAAAUUAAUGUGGGAACGUAAAGCAUUCUUUUAAAUCUGCAUCCUAUGGUUUUCGAAAUAGAACGUUGAACAAUUUUUCCGUUUUGCAUUGCAAGAACAAUUAUUCAACCGUACCAAAACGUACGUGUAUGCACUAGUAUAAAGUGAAUAUGCGCAUGUAUUAUCCGUAUAUAAACGAAAAAAACAUGUCUCAUUUAUCGAAUAAUCUUACAAUAUAUUAAUUGUCGACAUAAACACUGCGAUAUAGCGCUGCACUUGCCAGUAUUAUAGUCAACAUUUAUCAAAAAAAAGCCAACCUAAUAACGAUGAAUAUGUACUUAAUAGUAUCGUUUCGUCUAUAUCAUCUUAAUCAACGCCCAACUUAUGUGUUUUUGUCAAUCACAAUACAUUAACAACUAAUUAUUCAAAAAUCUGCAAUAUAUAUAUAUAUCACAAAAAACUACAAUAGAUUAUAAAAAAAUUGUAAUACUGGUAUCCGAUCCUGAAUCUUAUAAUUAAAUUUGUAUCAAUUGCUACGCACUCUUAUGAAAAUAUUUCAACCAAGUGCUUCAUUAUUAAAAAUUAAAACAAUUUUUUAGCUAUAAGCGAAACCUAUAAAAAUUAUUCAACUAUUUUUCAACUAAAAUAUAUCUUUGAAAAAAAAAUUUGUGUGAAAUUUUCUUAUGAUGCUAAAUCGAAAAUCUCAAAGUUCUCUUAACUUUUGUAUUACUCAAGGGAAAUUUAGCGAGCUUCUCCGUAGGUUUUUCAUUUCAACUGGUUUGCAAGUGUGACGAUACGACUCCCCCCCCCCCCCCCUGUAUAUGACAUAUGUGAGAUUAGAUUGUGUGUAUCUGUGAUCGUUGAGCUCUACAACUUAUAAGAAACAAAAAAAAGUAACGAUAAAUAUAGACUAUCACGUAGUAACAUUUUUCUCUUCCUUUAGUCCUUGAUUUGUAUAGUCAUCACAAAUCUUAAUAUAAAGUAAAUUUUUCAAUUAGUAUCAUAAUCAAUUUGGCAAGAUCUCAUGAGAUUUUCUUGACCGUGAGGACAAUGUCAAGGGAGAAAAUGUUAAGAAAAUUGAUGAAAAAAAAUUAUAAAAUGAAUGUGAGUCUUAACUUGCUUGAUCUAUAAAAGAGGACGAUUGCCGUAUAUCGUUCUAACAAAUUUUUAAGAUCAAGAUGCAAGUGCUCAACUAAUAUGAAAAAUAAAAAAAAUUUGAA